AGCAGUAUCGUCAGUAUCAUCAGUCGCUGUGGACAUCUUUUAAAGUAAACUCAAAAAAAUCACCAUGAAAUACUUGGCUGUUUUGGCUGUGCUCUUUUGUCUGUUGGGAGCUGCUAUGGCCCAGCUUAAAAAUCCAAUCUGUGGCGAGGAGUCCGCCCUUUCUGGAAGUACUUGCCGUGGACUAUUAAUGAAGUGGACCUAUCGCAAAGAUACAAAUGACUGUGUUGAUUUCAACUACACCGGUUGCCAUGGAAAUAACAACCGAUUUGAUAGCAAGGAGCAAUGCGAGCAGUCCUGCAAAAAUUAGGAAUUCUAUCUAUGAACUACAUUUUUCAAAAAAAACGAAAGUUAUAUUUUGUUAUCCUAUUUUUAUAAACUAUUAUUUUUACAUCUCCUAUGUGGAGUUAAUAAAAUGAGAAUUUAAAUACAA